AAACUAUCUUCCUGAAUCAUCCCAUUUCGCCACAACAAACCUCAGAACACCUUUGAUUUCUAUUGGAAUGGCUAGACCUGGUAUCAUUCAACAAUGCUUUCAAGGUGAAGCUCGAGGUCCAUAUGAAGUGGUUUAUUUCUGUUUGGCUUGUGAAACUCAUAGAACUAUGAAACCUGAAUCGAUUCAAGGUCAUAAGAAAUUAGAAUCACACAUUGCAAGUUUUGCUCAUUGGUCAGCUCGUCGUGAUAAAGAAGCUAGCGAAUCGGUUGGUUUGAAGGACGAUUCAGUUCAAGAUAAAUCGAUUUCAGAAAGUCAUUCUACUGGUCAUCCUGGUAAUAAUACAUUGAAGAGAACUGAUCAGAUAGAUCAGCUUGAAAGUGAAGAUGUAAAACGCCGUCGGACCCUCGAUAAUCUUAACUCUCGAUCACCAUUUCCCAAAAUCACUCCUCCAAUCUCGCGACGCUCGCUUUACCGAACAUCCUCAUUGAGAAAACCGUCAAGUCCGUCCAACACUGGUGAGACCUCUGGAAAAGCUCAAGAGACAGCUUUGGUUGAAGGUCAGAGCAAACUACAUGAUCAAGCAAGCGGUCAACAGGGGCAAACAGAAGAACCCUCCAAUCAAGCAGCUACUGCAACUUCAGCUCCCGAUCAGUCCUCUACUCCACAUCGCGAGUCAUCUUUUUCCUUAGACUUUGAAGGUACUGACGGAAUAGACAGUGACCUUGAAGAUCAUCAUGAAAUAGACAGCAGCACAGAUGAUGGACUCGCCGGAGUGCCACUGCCUCCUCGUUAUACUCCCACAGCUAGCUCAAGGUUGGCCUCAACCCACGACAAUGAAAGUCGUCUACGUAUCUUCAAUCAAAUAGCCAACGCUACUGGGCUCGAUGAACAUCAUCUGGAACUGGGCCGCCGACUCUGUGAUGUAACUGGCCCUGAAUUUCAGUUCAUGAUGUCCAUGAUUACAAGCCUAUCGACUCGUCAAGAGAUAUUGUCCUAUCACGAUGAUAUCACCCGUCAGAUUUCGGAAAUCAGAGGUGGAUCCAAUGGAAUCCCAACAUCUAAUGGUUGGGUAGAAUCUUUAGAGCUCAGGGUAUAUAUCUUCUUCUAA